AAGAAGUGUAUUAUCUGUAUGAGACUAAAAAAGACCCACUCAGAUAGUCAAAUAUGUGUUGUUUUCUCUCUCACAACUCAUCUUCUGCUUUUUCUCUGAUUCCUAAAGAGCGUUGAAUUUUGGGGUCAUUACAGAAAUGGAUUGAAGUUUGCUGUUUUUCGUGUAGCUGGAUCUCUGCCUCUGCUCUUCUUCCUUAUCUCUCGGAAACGUUUUGCAGACUUUUCUGGGACAUCAAUGGCUGCCGACAAUAGUUUCAUCCUUUUGUUCUUGAGCUUUAUGUUACUCGGAGAGUUUAUUCAAGUGUCUUUAGCAGCCGAUUAUGUGCCAACUGAUAAGAUUCUAUUGAACUGUGGAGGCCCGGAAGGCGACACAGACCUGGAUGGUAGGAAGUGGACCAGUGAUAUUGGGUCAAAGUUCAUCCUCUCCACUGGCAAGUCAUCCACAGGUUCCGCAGAUGCUCAAAAAUCAUCUGUCCCUCAAACUCCAUUCAUGUCCGCCCGUACGUUCCAAUCAAACUUCACCUAUAGCUUCCCGGUCGCGCCCGGUCGAAAAUUCCUCCGACUAUAUUUCUACCCGGCUACCUAUAAUGCCCUCAACACCACCUCCUCACUCUUCUCGGUAACUGUUGGACAAUACUCACUUAUGCGCAACUUUAGUGCAUCACAGACUGCUCAAGCUCUGAACUAUGAUUAUCUCUUGAAGGAGUUUUCGAUAAAUGUUCCGUCUGAGACUCUAAAUGUGACGUUCAUGCCGUCCCCAAACUCUUUCGCAUUCGUGAAUGGCAUUGAGGUGAUUUCGCACCCUGAUAUCUACAACACUGAGGACGGGAAUGCAGUGCUUGUUGGACAAUCCGCGUCGUUCAUUGUUGACAACAGCACCUCCCUUGAGAGCCUUUAUCGUGUGAAUGUCGGUGGCAAUGUGAUAUCACCUGCGAGUGACACCGGGAUGUUUAGGUCGUGGGAUGAAGAUACAAAAUAUAUAUUUUCCGCAGGGGUCGGAGUCACGGAGACAGCAGAUGAUUAUAACUUGACGAUCACUUACCCGGAUGGAAUGCCGAGUUAUGUUGCCCCUGUGGAUGUGUACAAGACUCUUAGGUCGAUGGGUCCGAAUGCUAGUGUGAAUGUGAAUUACAAUUUGACUUGGUAUUUCUCAGUUGACUCCGGGUUUUUCUACCUCGUGAGGCUCCACUUUUGUGAGAUCACGAACGUCAUCACUAAGAUCAACCAGAGGGUUUUUACCAUCUACCUCAACAAUCAAACUGCUGAGCCGGAAGCCGAUGCAAUCGCUUGGGCGAGUAAAAACGGAGUCCCCACUUAUAAGGAUUAUGUAGUGUCAUUUCCGCCCGGGGAUACCCAGGUGGAUCUUUGGCUUGAAUUGCAUCCAAAAUCGGGAUCUAACUAUCUUGACGCAAUCUUGAACGGAUUGGAGAUAUUCAAAAUCAACGACACUACGGGAAAUCUUGCAGGUCCUAAUCCAGUCCCUUACGUGCAACCAUAUAUCGAACCAUUUCUCCCAUCUUCAUUGACAGGGAAUUCAAAAAAUCAUCACAAAGCAGCUAUCGGAGGAGGGGUAGGCGGUGGAAUUUUUGCUUUCCUACUAAUUGGAUUGGUCAUUUGUUUUGUCUCCCGCCGACGUAACCGCCGAAAGGACUCUUCAAGCACAAGUGACGCACAAUCUGGUUGGCUUCCUCUUUCUUUGUAUGGAAACUCUCAUUCUACAGCUUCUGCUAAGACAAACACGACCGGAAGUUAUGCCUCCUCACUUCCCGCAAACCUUUGCCGGCACUUCUCAUUUGCAGAGAUCAAGGCGGGCACUAAAAACUUUGACGAAGCUCUUCUUCUCGGAGUUGGAGGUUUUGGGAAAGUUUAUAAAGGAGAGAUUGAUGGGGGUGUAAAAGUUGCCAUUAAACGUGGUAACCCACUUUCAGAACAAGGCAUUCACGAAUUCCAAACAGAAAUUGAAAUGCUUUCUAAGCUUCGUCACCGUCACCUCGUCUCUCUGAUUGGUUACUGUGAAGAGAACUGUGAGAUGAUUCUUGUGUAUGAUUAUAUGGCGUAUGGGACUCUGCGUGAGCAUCUUUACAAGACACAAAAGCCCCCAUUACCAUGGAAGCAAAGGCUAGAGAUCUGCAUAGGCGCAGCCCGCGGGUUGCAUUAUCUCCACACUGGCGCGAAACACACCAUUAUCCACCGUGAUGUGAAAACUACUAACAUCCUCUUGGAUGAGAAGUGGGUGGCGAAGGUUUCAGAUUUUGGGCUGUCGAAGACGGGCCCCACUCUUGAUCACACCCACGUAAGUACAGUGGUGAAGGGUAGUUUUGGGUAUUUGGAUCCCGAAUACUUCAGAAGACAGCAACUCACUGAAAAAUCAGAUGUCUAUUCAUUUGGAGUCGUCCUUUUUGAGAUAUUGUGUGCGCGCCCGGCUUUGAACCCCACUCUACCGAAGGAGCAAGUGAGCUUAGCGGAAUGGGCAUUGCAUUGCCACACUAAGGGUAUUCUUGACCAGCUAACCGACCCGUAUUUGAAAGGUAAGAUCGCGCCAGAAUGUUUCAAGAAAUUUGGGGAGACGGCAGUCAAGUGUGUGAGCGACGUGGGGACCGAAAGGCCGUCCAUGGGGGAUGUACUUUGGAACCUUGAGUUUGCACUACAGCUUCAAGAGAGCGCUGAGGAGAGCGGGAAGGGCAUUGUGGGAAUUGACAAGGUUGAAGAUGGGUACGGUGCCAUUGGCAAUAAUAAAGCAAAGAAGGAUCCCGAUGCCUCGUCCCAUACCGGGUUUGAUGGAAGCGUGACGACUGAUUCUAGCAGUGGUAUAUCGAUGAGUAUCGGGGGUCGGAGUGUCGCCAGCGAGGACUCGGACGGGCUGACACCCAGUGUUGUCUUCUCACAGAUCAUGAACCCCAAGGGCCGUUGACCAAAUCUUAAUCCAAUCAUGUAGUGUGUACUAUAUUACUAUUAUUCUUUUUUACUCUUAAUGCUAGGAAGGAUCGCCUUCAAUUAAUUCACAUACUUUUUUUGCAAGUUGAAUUUACAGCUUGACAGUGGAAAGAAAUGUGCUUGUUCUUUGUACCCAUAACGUUGAAGAGCUUUUGUUCGGUUGUGAUGUUUUAAUGUCGUUAUCAUUAUUUCCAUAUAUAUACAUACACAUAAAUAUAGAUGUUGAUUCUUAUUUUGUUAUUAUGG